GGCACCAGGAAGCUUCCAUCACCGUCUAACCUACCGCCCUACCCAACACAUCAAACGAAUCUCCCACCUCCCGACGCUUUAAUCCUUUCUGUACCGUUCAGGAGGAGUGAUCAGGGCCCAGUCAUUCCCUUUCUCCAUCUUGAGCUUGUCCGGCCCUUCUCAUCUGAGAAGUCGCAAAACCUCUCCUCUUUCGUUUCCCACUCGGCCUCGCACAGCUUCCAGGAUGGCGUCCAUCUUCGAGCAAUCCGGUAGCGGCACCCUCUUCCUCGGUGGCCAGAAGAUCUCGGGUGCAGAUAUUAGAGAUCGAAAUGUCCUAGCAACACAGGCUAUUGCCAACGUCGUAAAGAGCUCCUUCGGCCCCAGCGGUCUCGACAAGAUGAUGGUGGAUGAUAUUGGUGACGUCACGGUAACCAACGACGGCGCGACCAUUCUCAGCCUCCUCGACGUCGAAGACCCGGCCGGCAAGAUUCUCGUAGAUCUAGCGCAUCAACAAGACAAGGAAGUCGGCGAUGGUACCACCUCGGUUGUCCUGAUCGCCGCCGAAUUGCUGCGCCGGGGUAACGACCUAAUGAAGAACCGCAUCCACCCGACGACCAUCAUCACGGGCUACCGCUUAGCUCUCCGCGAGGCCAUCAAGUACAUGAAUGAGAACGUCAGCAUCAAGGUUGAGAACCUCGGUCGGGACUCGCUCGUCAACAUCGCCAAGACCUCCAUGUCCAGCAAGAUUAUCGGUUCCGACUCGGAUUUCUUCGCCAACAUGGUGGUUGAUUCUAUGCUUGCCGUCAAGACGACCAACAACCGCAACGAGACCAAGUAUCCCGUCAAGGCGGUGAACAUCCUCAAGGCGCACGGAAAGAGCGCGCUUGAGUCGAUGCUCGUCAAGGGCUAUGCCCUCAACUGCACCGUGGCGUCGCAGGCCAUGCCGACCAGAAUACAAGAUGCCAAGAUUGCCGUGCUGGACAUGAACCUGCAAAAGGAGCGCAUGAAGCUGGGUGUCCAGAUCACCGUCGACGACCCGCAGCAGCUGGAACAGAUCCGGGCGCGCGAGUCGGGCAUGGUCCUGGAACGGGUGGAUAUGAUCCUCAAGGCGGGCGCCAACGUGAUUCUGACCACCAAGGGCAUCGACGACCUCGUGCUCAAGACAUUCGUCGAGCGGGGCGCCAUGGGCGUUCGGAGGUGCAAGAAGGAGGACCUGCGGCGGAUCGCCAAAGCCACCGGAGCCACUCUGCUCAGCACGCUCUCGGAUCUCAACGGCGACGAGAGGUUCGAGCCGUCCUACCUCGGCCAUGCCGACGAAGUCGUACAGGAGCGCAUCUCGGACGACGAAUGCAUCCUGGUGAAGGGCACCAAAACGCACUCUUCGGCGUCCAUCAUCCUCCGCGGGUCGAACGACUUGCAGCUGGACGAGAUGGAGCGGUCGGUUCACGACUCGCUCAGCGCCGUCAAGAGGACGCUGGAGAGCGGGACCAUCGUACCGGGCGGCGGCGCCGUCGAGACGGCGUUGCACAUCUACCUGGAGGAGUUCGCGGGGACUGUGGGGUCGCGGGAGCAGCUGGCGAUUGCCGAGUUCGCGCAGUCGCUCCUGGUGAUCCCCAAGACGCUGGCGGUGAACGCGGCCAAGGACGCGGCGGAGCUGGUGGCGCAGCUGCGGUCGCGGCACGCACUGUCGCAGCGGAUCCAGGAGGGUGAAGCGAACGAGGACGAGAAGGUGGUGGCGCACAAGAAGAACUACAAGAACUACGGCCUGGACCUGACGCGGGGCAAAGUCAUCGACGAGAUCAAGGCCGGCGUGCUGGAACCGACGUUGAGCAAGUCCCGGCAGCUCAAGAGCGCGGUCGAGGCGUGCAUUAGCAUCAUGCGCAUUGAUACCAUGAUCCAGCUAGACCCUGAGCAGCCGGGCGAGGAGGAUGAUGGGCAUGGUCACUAAAGAGUCUUUCGUGUUGUCGGGGGCGAGGGAGAAGUUUUAAGACGGG